AACAGACGAAGAAGAAAAAGCACUCCGACAAAAAGUUAAACGGUUCAGUGAUGGAUGUGAAGCUACCACCGCACGAGGGCGCCACGCUGUCAGUGGUUGACAUGCACACGGGCGGGGAGCCCCUCCGCAUCAUCGUGAGCGGAUACCCAGAGGUCAAAGGCCACACGUUGUUGUCCAAGCGGCGGUACGCGAGGGAGCACCUGGACCACCUUCGGCGGACGCUGAUGCUAGAGCCGCGCGGGCAUUACGACAUGUACGGCGCUUUGCUGACGCCUAGUGAACUUCCUGACGCCGAUUUAGGCGUCCUGUUCAUGCACAAUGAAGGCUACAGCACCAUGUGUGGCCACGCCGUUGUAGCACUGGGACGCUUCGCCGUCGAUUACGGCCUGGUGAGGGCGCCGCGUUCGCCAGAGACGCCCGUCAAUAUUCACUGCCCGUGCGGGCUGGUGCGGGCGUUCGUGGAGUACGCCGACGGGAAGACAGGGGCGGUCAGGUUCCUCAGCGUGCCGGCGUUUGUGUUCGCGACAGAUGUGACGGUGGCAGUUGAAGGCUUCGGAGACGUGGUGGUGGACAUAAGCUACGGUGGAGCGUUUUACGCCUUCGUGGAUGUGCAACGAUUCGGUUUGGACGUUAGGAAGUCCAAGACGAGAGAUCUGGUAGAUGCGGCGACCGCUGUCACCAAAGCUGUCAAAUUGCAGGUAAAGCUGCGUCACCCUGUGAGUGACGACCUGGCCUUCCUGUACGGAACCAUCCUCACCGACGGCAAAGAGCAAUUCUCCUCAGACGCUACCGCUAACGUCUGCGUGUUCGCCGAAGCCCAGGUGGACCGCAGCCCGACAGGAUCCGGCGUGACGGCGCGAGUGGCCCUCCAGUACCACAAAGGGCAGAUCCACUUGAACCAGUCCAGGACGUUCGAGAGCGGCGCCACAGGGUCAAAGUUUACCGGGAAAGCUGUGGAGGAGACCACUUGCGGAGAGUUUAAAGCGGUAGUGGUGGAGGUGGCCGGCAGAGCUUUUUACACGGGAGCGUCCUGUUUUGUGCAGGAGACGGAGGACCAGCUGAAAGACGGAUUUCUGCUCAAGUGAGCCACACUUGCCAGUUAGCGCCGUUCAUUUUUUAAACCAGAGUAUUACAUUUUAACAUUCACUUUGGAUCUUACUCGUUGAUCCAAGUUUAUACGUGUAUUCAUCCUACAGAGAUGAUUGUCUUGCCAAAGUUUUACACACAAAUACGGACAAUUAUGCAACAACGGUUGUACAUGAUGUUAAUAUGGAGGUAAGUUAGGAAGUUUACAUGUAGAAUGUGGAACUGACAUGGAAAGGUUGUUGCAGAAAUUGCACUGUAAAUGUAUCGUUUGAAAAUGAAUAUGGUAGUACUCUUAUUGGCCACUAGUUAAUGCUAAAACAAUACUUAACUAGGCCUGCAAGCAGGACUGAACGGGCCCUCGCAAUCUAGCGCAACUCGGACGUCACGCAACUCGGACUGUGUGCAGGUCAGGGUGUUGGCAGAUGCUCCUCUCUAAUCAUCUCAUUAGAACAUAACAUGCUCGAAAGUCGCCUAUU